GUUUUGGAGGUUUUGGCAGUAAGUGAUGAAAUGGUGUGAGCCCAGUUGAGUUUCUUGAAGCUUUGAUAGGAUUCAGCUAUGGGGUUUGGACUACUCAGAUCUGUGAAAGUUGCUCACAGCUCAGAAUUGGGGGCUGUACCCUGCUGCAGAUGAGCCUGAAUUCAAGCUUUUUUACUUCAGAAAAGUACCUUUCUGAGAUCUUCUACUCACUUCUGCCUUGCUGGUACUUUCAAAUCUUUCAUUUCCCCUUGUAAGGCUUUUAACCAAAGCCAGAUCCCAGUGAACUCAUGCUGAUUCUGUCGUUGGUUAUAGACAAUUGAAACCAGCAUAAAGUCAUGUCAUUCCUUGAUAACACAAUCUUUUGUAUACUCCUCUUCACAAUAGGCGAAGGCCGGAAUCGUUUGGGUCAUUCGAAAUUUGACCAUUUGUGCCACUUGAAGCUCAUAGGCUUGUAGUUUAAUAUAAUCCUGCUUUGUCAUACUGCUUCCCAAUGAACACCCGGUACUUUUUUCCACCGGAUUCACUCUGCAAUUCAGGAAUCUCGGUAUCAUUUUCAUCCCUAUCUCCAGCAGGAGAGGACAGAAUGGCAGCUGGUGUGAGGAACAGAUCUUCUCGGGCUCCCCCUUCAUCGUUCCUGAUAAGAACAGCUAUGAGGAUAUCAAGGGCAAGGUGGUUUAGCUUCCUGAGAAGAGUGUUCCACUACCAGAAUGGAUCAAGAUCUGAUCUGGGCGCCAAUCCUUUCAAUUCCAGCACUUGGAUGAUACUGGAGUUUAUAGCUUUGGUUGUUCAAAUAGGCGUUAUAACCUUCACUCUCUCGGUUUCCAAGGCUGAGAGGCCCGUCUGGCCUAUGAGAAUUUGGAUAGUUGGAUACGAUUUCGGGUGUGUCCUAAGCUUGCUACUGCUCUACUGGCGUUACCAGCGCCAUUAUUCAGCUCAAGGAGAUGGUUUUAGCCUCCCUGACAUUGAACAGCAGAGAAACAACGAAGAAUCCAGGAGCUCCCAUUUGAUGAACAAGUGCCGGACUUCUCUUGAGCUUUUCUUUGCUAUAUGGUUCGUGAUGGGCAAUGUUUGGGUGUUCGACUCUCGCUUUGGAUCGUUCCAUCGAGCACCAAAGCUUCAUGUCCUCUGCAUUACUCUGCUUGCCUGGAAUGCUAUUAGCUACUCUUUCCCAUUCCUAUUGUUUGUGCUGCUGUGUUGCUGCGUCCCACUGGUUAGCAACCUCCUCGGAUACAACAUGAACAUGGGGUCAGUGGAUAAAGGGGCGUCUGAUGACCAAAUUUCCAGGCUACCCAGCUGGAGAUUCAAAGAAGCCAACGCCAAUUUGGAUCUCCCCAAUGGCGCUGACAGCAAUUCUCCUCUUUCAAGUGAAUACCCUGAGUGCUGCAUUUGCUUAGCCAAAUACCGAGAAAAGGAAGAGGUGAGGCAGUUGCCGUGCUCACACAUGUUUCACUUGAAGUGUGUGGAUCAGUGGCUCAGAAUCAUAUCUUGCUGCCCUCUUUGUAAGCAAGAAAUUGAGAGAUGAUAAGAGGAAAAUACAAGUAUACAGCAAUGGAGGUUGAGGCUCAAAAGUUCA